AUGUCUUCAUUGGUUCUCGUCGUACAGCUUGUUGUCUUAUAUUUUACUUUGAAGAUCAUCUGGAUGGUCUACUUUCAUCCUCUUCGCAACCUUCCCGGGCCUAAAAUGUGGAUCGCAUUUCCCGUUCUUCGUUUUUUCGCUCUUUCCAGGGGCCAACUAGAGGCUAAAAUGAGACAUUUCCACAACCAAUAUGGCGAAGUUGUUCGCUUUGGCCCAAAUGAAGUCUCUUUCAUCACUGCUCAGGCAUGGAAAGACAUAUACGGCCAUGGUCACCAACAACUCCCGAAGGUGUUGCAUUCAACAAGUAACCCGUCUGACAUUAUUAGCGCCAAUAAUGCGGAUCAUAGCCGUUUCCGCCGGUCCUUGGCUUACGCAUUCUCUGCAAAUGGCCUGCAAUCUCAAGAACCCAUUAUUCAAAAAUAUGCCGACCUUUUGAUAGAAAAACUGAAGAUUGCUGCCACCUCAACGGUACCAGAAGUCGACAUGUAUCACUAUUGGGUAUCGACCAUUUUUCUGGCAAUCCGGGGUGUGGCCCUUGUGCAGUUCAAAGAUGCCUAUCCGCUCUUGUUCAGAGCGUUAUCCCUUUUCGUGACAUCGAAACGUCUGAUGAAGGCCCGCCAAAGACAAAUCGAAUAUAGCAGAGCCACUAUUCAGAAGCGCCUACGGAAUGGUGUUCAGAGAGAGUGUGCGGACUUCAUUGACAGCGUGCUGAGGCACCCCGCUUUACUUUCUGGAAUUACCUAUUGGCUACUUCGAACACCCCAUGCCAUGAGAAACCUCGCACAAGAAAUAAGAUCUACAUUAAAAACGAAGCACGACAUCACAGUAACCAGCACGGCCAGCUUACCAUAUCUGCUCGCAUGCCUGAAAGAAGGCCUUCGGGUGUACCCGCCGGCACCCUCUGGGCAACAACGCAUGACAAGCCCUGGGCCUUCUCAUAUAUCCGGCCAUCUCAUACCCCCAAAUCUGGCAAAUGCUAAAGACGACGAAUCUUCGCCUUUUUACAAUGAUAAUCGGGACGUGCUCCAGCCAUUCUCAACGGGAGCAAGGAAUUGCAUAGGGAGAGAACUAGCAUAUAGCGAGUUACGUGUUAUUCUGGCACGGGUACUUUGGACUUUCGACUUGGAACUGCUUGAGGAUAGCAAAAAUUGGGAUCUACAACGCUCCUACCUGGUAUGGGAGAAGCCUCCGCUGAUGUGCAGAUUGAAAUUGAGCGAUAAAGAAGGCUCCGGAAUAACUAACGAGGGCUAG